AUUAAAAUAAAUUCAAAAUAUGUAUUUAAUCAUAGUUUUUUCUUGACUUUUAUACAACAAAAUUUAGUUGACUUUUAAAGUUUAAGAGUUUUACCUAAAUAUUUUCAGUUUUCCCCAAUUUCAAUUUAUUUAUGGUGUUUUCAAUGCCAAUCAAAAAAACUGCCGCGACUAGUCUAGAAAGCUGCGACAGCUCGUUCGACGUAGACGUCGACAGUGCAAGCACAGACGCUUUGGUGCAUUGACCUAUCCCAAAAUGUGGCCAAAAAAGUAUGUGUUAAGUACUAAGGCCAAAAGAAGCAAAACUUGGUCAGUGGCACACCGCACGUUGGGGCUGAACUUUUAUUGACUCAACAGAUUAACAGUUAAUGAAGUGGGCAGAGGUGAGAGCGAACGGUAUUUCGUAUUAUUUAUUUAUCUCUUUUCUUUCGGUCGAAGUCUUCAAUAAUAUCCGCUUGUUAAGCAUAACAACUAUGUUAAUACCUGUGACAAACCGAAGUUUGCAUACACUUGAAUAGCAUCAUGAUGAAUACGUACAGAUAAUUGCGUAAUUUCUUUGCUUUUCUUUUUACUGUUAACAAUAUCAUUCAAAAUGUAUAACAUAUUUGAUGGUCAACUAAUUGUUGUCAGGGUAUCAAAAUUCGGCUAACAACUCAAGUAUAAUAAGUACGCUCUUGCACAUUCGUAGCUUCCUCUUUUUUGUUUCUUUAGACAAACAGAGCCAAAAAAAAAACUUUAAGCAAAUUAUGAGUGAGCGUCGCAGAGAUGGAGAAAAAGUUUCCAGUCAGUUGUUAAUGCGAGUUCGUCCGUGUAGUUCGCUAGUUCUUGAAAACGCGUCUCAAAAGUAUCAAAAAUAAUGAGUUCGUGAGCUACACAAAAAGUAUCUUAAGAAGUGGGCAAAAAAAAGCAAGAAAAGACCACACACACACACACACACACACAGAGAAAAUGCUUCUGCUUGGGCUGCUGUGCAUUUGUCAGUCAGGUGAUUAUCAUUGAUCAACUCGGGAAUACUUAGUCCAACAUGUAUAGAAAACAUAGACAUUGCUCCAGUUUCGUCUAAUGCACUUUCAUUUUGUUGCCAGCUUGUUUGUGGCACAGUGCAGCUGCAUGGCAGCAGGAGGCCAAAUCUCCGGGCAGAUUUCGAAUUGAAUACAAGAGGCGGAUUGAGGAAUCCAACUACUCGUAUGCUGAUUACAGAGCAGCCGAGCAGCUCGAUGCAGACAACAAUCAAUUGCGGGUGGUGCCGGAGCUGAUGGCCACCCAAGGACCCGCAGUGCAAGGAAAAGUGACAAAUGAAGUGGAAAGUGCCGUGAUGAGGGCGAAAGCAGCAGCCGAAAGACUGCAGCUAAAUGCAAAUGAAAAGAGCAAGGCCAGUCAUGCAGGCAUGCAAAUCGUAAGGACAUCUAACCAGGACAUCAGCAGCAUGAACUUAAUGACACCCGCUGUGUUGCCAAUAUCGGAAAGACAUAAUUUCGAAAACAACAACAACAACAACAACAGCAACACUGACAAAAACUCGACUGGCCCAAUGGUCGGUGAUGAGCAACUAUUACGAUUGCAGGACUACAAUUUACUAUACAAUGCCGAGCGACAGACCUACUUUCAGCUGCAUUCGAGCAGUAGGCGUGGCCCGAGCGGACUAUCGUAUGGUAAUCGCCUGCUGCAGCAGUACGUUGGCAACAAGCUGAGCGCUGCCUUCGGCCUGAAUGUCAACGACGGCAAGGAGUCAAUCAUGCAGCUGACCACGCAGACGGUGCGGCUCUACGAUGCCGCUUCGCUGCGCCAAUCACACUUCAAUCCCUUCCAGCCCACGCGAAUCAUAAUCCAUGGCUGGCUGGGCAAUGCACAUGCCAAUGUCUACAAUUACUUGGUGCCCGCGUACCUGAAGCUCAGCGAUGGCAGCUACAAUAUUUUCACUGUCGACUGGGGACGUGGUGCCAUCGCCGAUUAUAUAACGGCCAGCUAUAGAGUGAAGCCAGUGGGUCAGGUGCUGGCCAAGUUUCUGGACUUUCUGCACGUGGAGGCGGGCAUGCAGUUUGAGGAUCUGCAGCUGAUUGGCUUCAGCAUGGGCGCCCAUAUUGCCGGGCUGGCCGCCAAGCACGUGCAGACCGGUCAUGUGCGUGUGAUACGCGCCUUGGAUCCGGCCCUGCCCUUCUUUCGCUACGCCCAAGAGAAGGAGCGCCUCAGCCGCAACGAUGCCAGCUACGUUGAGGUGCUGCACACGAGCGUGGGCAGCUACGGAUUCGAUCGUCCGCUGGGCCACGUAGACUUCUACGCCAACUGGGGUAGCCAGCAGCCGGGCUGCUUCUGGCACGAAUGCAGCCACUGGCGUGCCUUUGCCCUAUUCAAGGAGAGCCUGGAGGGGACGGUCUUCGAGGCCAGGGGCUGUCAGCCAAGCGAAUGGCAGCAGUUGACGCGCCACAAACGCUGCCCGCAGCCAACGGGCAGCCGGCUCCACAUGGGCGGAGAUUUGGGCACACUAUCCAUGGAGCAGCUGGCGCAGCGCGAGGGAGUUUAUUAUUUCGAGACCCAGGCGAGACCGCCCUAUGAUAUGGGGCCAGCGACAUAGAGCCAGCUGAGUAUUCAAUGUGCCAUGUGGCAUGCGGCAUGUGGCAUGGUAAGAAAAAAAGCAACAACUACAACUGCGUAAUGAGCAAAAGUGCAGCGCGCAUUUUUAUUUCUAAUUAGUAAGUCCAUUUGUGUGUGUGUACGUGUAU